UUCAUUCUUCUUAUGGCAAUGUGAGGGAAGUUGUGCAACUCUAAGAACAUGGCUUUUUGCUCUAAGGAAACCUGAUAACGCUGAUUGUGACGGGGAGACUGACCUGCAGAGUUUAGUGUCAAAUAUUUUGGAUGAAGGAGAUUCACAGGGCAGCUACUUCAGCCAAGGGUAUGUCAAGGUUUGAAAUUUCCACAGAUUUUGGUUUAUAUUACAGUAUGUAUUGCAUGAUUUUUGUCAGAGUUGAUUAGUAUGUUUUACUCUUUGAAAAUGAAUAUAUUGUUUUAGUGAUCUCUGGCAUCAAAAUCCUUAAUUGUUAUUUUAGGAGCCUACCUACAUGCAAUCCCAUCUGGUCUCCAACAACACUGACAGAAGAACUGCUACAGCAUUUUCAAUCAGAAGGUGACACACAGCAUAAUCCUUCUUUUCCAACCCAAGUAUCCCAUGAGACUUUCAGUAAAACACAACAACUGCCGGUGGACAAAGAUAUUGAAGAGUUGAGUGAACAGUCCAAUGGCUUUGCUACCAAUCAAGAAUGGCUUUUUAAUUUGCCUAAUGGAGACAGCUACUGCUGCCCUCCCCAGAGGCUGCCACCAGCUCUACCAUUGCCCAGUGCAAGAAGUACCUACCCAUCACAGAAACAACCAGUCGGCAUGUCAGCUUAUAAUGACAGAGGGCUCGGACAACCUGUGAAUAAUUUUCUCAACCUCAGUGACAUAUUUAGACCUCAAAAUGAAAUGAGCAGCACCAGCUUUGAUCCUUUCUAUGAAGACCACUCGAUCCAGAGCAGCGUAAAGCCCAUUUGUAAUGAGCAGUAUGUGCCAGAAGACAUAAACCAGCUGGUCAGCAGUUUUCAGUCAUUCAUGGCUGAUAGCGUAUGUCGUGGAGACUUUCCAAAUAUGCACAAGCAGGCAUUGGGCAUGCACAGUGAAGAUAGUCUGGUUGAAGAAUGGAAAACUACUAGCCCUUCGAUGUCGACACAAAGUACUCCUGCAAUGCAGAUCCCAAAACAGCUGGUGGGAGAAUUUGGGACAGUGCAGAGGGAAAGAAGUGAAGGAGUGAGGAAACAAAUAUUUAAGCGUCAUGCUUUUCAAGAUCUACCAGAUUUCACCUCUCAAAACCCAGAGUGUUUCCAGCAAUCAAAGCAAUUCUCUGCAACUUUAAACUUCCCAAAUCAAUACCAAAACAAGAUGACAAUGCACAGAGAGAACAUUAACGUAAGCAUGAACCAAUAUUCAAACCAUCAUAUCCAGCAGAGCCAGAUACAGAACAAGAUCAAGCCACAGAUGCAGAAGGAAAAAAAGAGGCUGCAUAUGUCUGGACUACAGGGAGAAGUCUUCUCUUGGAGGCCCCAGACCAAUGCUCAUGUGAGAGAAGGGGAUAAACAGCACUUCUCACAAAGCCCAUACUUUGACUUCCAGGGCAGCAUGCAGUCUCAGAGAUUUGAUGGAGGAAACAGCAUGUUCAGUGGAGGGAAUGCACAGCAGGUCAUGCCUUUCAUGUAUCCUGUAAAUGACCUCAGGAGACAGUCCAACAUGUCCAUCAACUCAAACUUCCGCUCUAGAUCCACAUUACCCUACGGAAGUGGUGUUCCUGGUGCUAAUGUGGAUAAUGUAAUGUCAGCCAAUGAGUCUCCAGCUUUCAAGUCUUAUGUGGGUGACAUAAGGACCCGCAGAGGAGAGAGAACUCCUCAUGUCCCAGCCUCAGCCAUGAUGACUUCAGUGAUGAUGAAUCAGGGGGGACCUGCGAUCCAGCCUUGCUUCUACCUGGACGAGUGUUAUGAGCAAUGGAGGCGUUUGGAGAAAGAGAGAAAGAAGAUAGAGGCCAUCCUUAAAAAAACAUUUUUUGGGAAAAGGCCUGCAGCAGUGACCAACAUUAAUCUACCCAAAACUCCACCAAACCCCACAAGAAUCGACCACCUGAUUGUUAAUCAGACAAGAGAACAAGCAAAGGUGGAAAGCCUUCUGGAACGAAUGGAGUGUCUGUGUAGCACUCCCCUACACAGCAACAUCCACACAGCACUGAAGAGGCAUCAUAUGGCCAUUUGCAUCACGCAGGCAAGAUGCAUGGAGGACACUGCAAACAUGACCAAAUAUCUGCGGCAGAAACCUCAUUUCACAGAGGACAGAGAUGACACUGCCAAAGCCUGUCAAGAUGCAGAACCACCAUGUUACCAAGGAGGACACAUGCAGUGA